UAUAUAUAUAUAUAUAUAUAUAUUGAGUGAGCUGUUUUUAUUUGGUUCUGUAUUUUGCACUUUUUCUUUAUGUGGGUGAUGGUUGAUUCGUACUGUUCUCACUCAUAUUUGAGAUCCAGAGGUUUCACGAGAUAAGCAAAUAGCAUUUCUAAGAUAGCCUUAUGAGGUGAAAAAAAAUAUGAUACUUUCAUCGAAAAUGGCUAUCCCGACAGAUUUAUCAACAAACAUAUGACAAAGAAAGCGGGAAGGGACUACUCACUACCUGUGAACAAGAAGCCACUGUAUAUACGACUACAAUUCAAGAGCGAUAUACCAAGCGAGAUAACUGUGAAGAAAUUAAGAAAAUCAGUUCAAAGGACUUUUAAUGCUGGCGAACUACACAUCUUAUUAUUCUCUACACGACCGAUGGUGCUACCUCGACUGAAAGAUGAAACACCUAGACUAGCCACUUCAAAUUGUAUCUACCAAUUCAACUGUGCUUGUAGUGGAGUCAGUUAUAUUGGCCGUUGCUCCAGGAACUUGAUUUUUCGUGCUCACUCGAGAACAUCUUUAAGUAUGGCUAAAUAAAGGUGUAGUUAAAACCAUUAACAGUUCGGUAUUGAACCAUCUGGUGCAAACCGGCCACAAAGUCAGCCAGCCAGCGUUGAAGAAUCCUUCUCUAUAAUCUACCGAGUGCCUAAUAAAUUGCCAAAAUCAUCCAGGUACCGCAUGCUCCAAACAGCAGAAGCCAUCGCGAUUCGCCUCAAACAACCAGUGCUCUGUG